CCAAAUCCAGCCGACAAAGUAAUUUGUUUGGUCAAAUAGGGUUCCCGUCUACCAAUUUGCGCGCACAUACACGCAGAGGUAACUUUUCAUCUAUUUGAAAUUAAUCAGGGUCUCAAAAUCUUAAAUUGUUUGGGAAUAGUGGUUAGUUUUGAUCGGAAGAUGCCACCGAGAACAGCCAAGAAGACGCCGCCGGGACCAGGCAUGAAGCGGACUGCACGGGCUCGGGCGAUGCAGAAGACCCAGGUCCAGCCUGAGGAGACGAACGUGAAAGCCGAAGAGAUGGUCGAGGAACAGAAUACCGUGGUUGUGAUUGAGGAGAAGAAGGCUACGGAGCCGGGGAAAGAGUCGAAGGAGAAGGAGAGCGCUACAAAGGAUAACGGAGACGCUUCUGGUCAGAAGGAUGGCGAGGUGAAAAAUUCUAUUGAUGAAUAUGAAACGGGUGAAAGAUUAGAUUUGGAGGAUAAUGAGCCUGACUAUGAACCUGAAGAGUACGUUGGUGUAGAUUAUGAUGAGAAGGAAAUUGAGCAAGAUGCUCAAGAAGAGGGAGACAAAGUAGGUGAAGAACUCGAGGAGGGGGAUAUUGGUGAAGAAGAAGAGGGUGAUGUUGUUGAAGAGGAAAUAGAAGACGUGCAGGAAGAACUUGAGCCCGAGGAAUAUGAUGAGCAUGCUGGGGAGGAGCAUGCUGAGAUGGUUGAUGCUGCUGAAGCGGAAGAGCAUCACAAAGUUUUUAAAGAAAGGCGCAAGCGGAAGGAAUUUGAAAUUUUUGUCGGGGGAUUGGACAAGGAUGCUACUGAGGAUGAUCUUAGGACAGUCUUCAGUGAAGUUGGUGAGGUUACUGAAGCCAGACUUAUGAUGAAUCCUCAGACUAAGAAGAAUAAAGGAUUUGCAUUCUUGCGUUUUGCAACUGCAGAACAAGCAAGACGAGCUUGUUCUGAGCUGAAGAACCCAGUGGUUCAUGGAAAGCAAUGUGGUGUUACUCCAAGUCAAGACAGUGAUACUUUGUUUUUGGGUAACAUAUGCAAGACAUGGACGAAGGAAGCAUUGAAAGAGAAGUUGAAGCACUACGGUGUGGAUAACAUUGAUGAUUUGACAUUGAUUGAAGACGCUAACAACAAAGGUAUGAAUCGAGGUUUUGCCUUCUUGGAAUUCGCCUCGCGAUCCGAUGCCAUGGAUGCUUUUAAGCGUCUACAGAAGAGGGAUGUCAUGUUUGGAGUAGAUAGGCUUGCUAAGGUUUCCUUUGCAGAUUCCUUCAUUGACCCCGGUGAUGAAAUCAUGGCUCAGGUUAAAACUGUGUUUGUGGAUGGUCUUCUUGCUUCUUGGGACGAGGAUCACAUUCGGAAACUUCUUAAAAAAUAUGGGGCAAUUGAAAAAGUCGAGCUAGCCCGCAACAUGCCAUCUGCCAGGAGAAAAGAUUUUGGAUUUGUCACAUUUGAUACCCAUGACGCAGCAGUUAAUUGUGCUAAAAGCAUCAAUAAUGAGGAUUUGGGUGAAGGAGAUAAUAAGGCUAGAGUUAGGGUCAGGCUUUCCAGACCACUCCAAAGAGGCAAAGGUAAACAUAGUUCUCGAGCAGAUUUUCGGCCUGGCGGUGGAUCGGUUCAAGGUGUUAGGAGUCCAUGGAGCCGACCAGUUCCGCGUAGUAUCCCUCUUCACAGGACAAGAGGCUAUGGAGCACGUCUGCCACCUAUAGUUGAUCGUGGUUUUAAAAGGCCUGCCAAUAUACGUGAUAGACGACCAGCUUUGACAAUGCCUCCUAGGAGUAGACCACCGGCUCCGUUACCGAGGUCCUACGACAGGAGACCACCUGUUCCAGUUUAUCCCAAGAGUGGUUUGAAGAGGGACUAUGGUCAUCGUGAGGAGCUUCCCCCUAGGAGCAGGGCUGCCACUGACUAUAAUUCUAGGGUUCCACCAGAUAGACGCUCAUCAUAUAGGGACGACUAUUCUCCUCGUGGAUCCGGUUACCCUGAUUUUCCGAGAGGUGGUACAGCUCGCACUGCAGCAAGAAGAGCUUAUGUUGAUGAUACUUACAGCCAGAGGUAUGAAAGGCCACCUCCAACUUACCGCGAGGGACGAGUGCGUGAAUAUGAUUCUGUAUCUGGGUCAAAACGUCCAUAUGUUGCAGUGGAUGAUGUUCCUCCACGCUAUGCUGAGGCAGGAGUUCGCCAUUCGCGUGCUCGUUUGGAUUAUGAUAUUGGUGAAAGUACAUCUCAAUAUGGGGAUGCUUACAGUGAUAGGCUUGGUAGGUCAAAUCUAGGAUAUGAUGGUAGCCGAAGCUCCCUCUCCAGUCAAGAUUCUCACGGGCUUUACAGUAGUCGUCAGGGAAUGAGCUAUGGUGGAGGCUCUUAUGAUGGUGGUGAUGUUAGUGGGAUGUACUCAUCAAACUAUGGUAGUGAUUACAUGUCCCGAGGAAGUGAUGUUGGUGGUAGCUCCUACUCUUCACUCUACUCUGGACGAAGCAUGGGUGGUAGUAGUUAUAUGGGAAGUGGUGGUUCCGGAUCAUACUAUUGAGUCAUAGAUGACGUUUCUUGGUGAUAAGAGCUGUGCUUGAUGGAAAAGGAGCAUUGUCGUUACUUCUGAUUUGUCCAUGGCAGAGAUUGGAAUAGAGAAGAGGCUUCCACAGGAUUUAAAAUUAUUUGAAGGUUGUGUGAAUUAUCAUUCUCAAGUGUCAGAUGAAUCAUUGUACUAGUAUAAAGCCUCUAUGGGGUUCAAAGAGAUGAAACUCGUGUACAAAUUUUUGAAGUACUGGUGUAUUUCUGCAGAUCAUCUAAAGAUCUACAUUUAGGAUGUUUUAUCAUCUUGGUACUUCUCUGCUGUAAGGGAACUCUUGAAUUUUUCAGAGGUUAACAGACUUGUUCACUAUGCGUUACCUUUAAAUGCAUGUUUAUUAGUGCUGUCUCCUUCAUUGCUUGUAAAAGAGGUGGUAUAACAUUUACUCCAGAGGGUGAAUAUAAUGGAAAACACUGCAAGCUCUAUGUUGCAUUUACUUGA